CAAGCAGUUUUGCCAACAACACUUGGGAAUCACUUUGCAUUCCAGAAAAGGUUUCCCGCCUAGUCGUUGCGUUUGCGGAAACGUAGCAUACCACAGCCGAGUCCAUGGCGAGAUGCUGGCUGCUGCUCCUCUUCUGGGCGUUCCUCUGGCCGGCGGCCAGCGCGGUGCCGUGUCACCCCGACGACCUCCGCGCGCUUCGGGGCUUCGCCGGGGACCUCAGCGGCGGGGGCGUCCUGCUCCGCACCGCAUGGUCUGGCGCCUCGUGCUGCAGCUGGGAAGGUGUGGGCUGCGAUAGCGCCAGCGGACGCGUCACGGUGCUGCGGCUCCCCAGGCGUGGCCUCACAGGUCUCAUCCCAGGAGCCUCUCUAGCGGGCCUCGUGUGGCUCGAGGAACUCUUCCUCGGCUCGAACUCUUUCGUGGGCGUCUUCCCAGACGCGCUCUUCGGCCUCACUAGGCUAAGGAAGCUUUCACUCGCAUCCAACGAGCUCACCGGCCAGGUGAGCUCACGCCUCGGCGAGCUCACACGCCUCACCUUGUUGGAUUUGUCCGCCAACCGCUUCUUCGGCCGCCUCCCGGACGUGUUCGGCGAUCUCACGUCGCUAGAACAUUUGGCCGCACACUCCAAUGGCUUCUCCGGCUUCUUGCCGCCGUCUCUGUCGUCACUAUCAUCUCUCCGUGAGCUCAACCUCCGGAACAACACCUUGUCCGGCCCGAUUGCUCGUGUUAGCUUCUCCGGCAUGCCACUUCUUGCUUCCGUUGACUUUUCCACAAACUACCUGACUGGGUGGCUCCCGACCAGCCUUGCGGGCUGUGGUGAACUCAAGUCGCUCAACCUUGCCAACAACACAUUGGUUGGCACCAUCCCGUCGUGGAUUGGUGAGUUUGACCACCUUUGGUACUUGAAUCUCUCAAAUAAUUCAUUCGUUGGCGAGGUACCCAAAAGUUUGUUACGGCUCAAGGAGGGCCUCGCCACCGCGGGUCGUUCAUCGGGUAUGGUUUUCACUAACAUGCUAUUGUAUGUAAAUGACAAAAGAAGAGCACUCAAUGAACAACCAAAUACCAUAACUGGGAGCAACAACACUGUCAGAUCUGGGCGCAACAACAGCAUGUCUGGGAAUGAUAACACUGUCAUAUCCGGAGACAACAACGCUGUGUCUGGGAGCUUCAACACCCUUGUAUGUGGGGACAACAAUGUUCUAACUGGUGAUCACCAUGUCGUAUCUGGGAGCAACCAUAUUGUAACUAACAGCUACAACAAAGUAUCUGGGUGCACCAAUAAUGUAUCCGGGAGCCACCAUACCGUAUCCGGUAGCAACAAUGCCGUAUCUGGAAGCAACAAUACGGUAUCUGGGAGCAACCAUGUCGUAUCCGGGAGCAACAAAAUUGUAACCGACGGUUAAUAAUCUAUAAGUGGAUCGAUUCCAUCUACAAGUACGAGAUCCCAGAGCACAUCAAAGAGAGUCAUGAACAGAAGACGUUCUCCACUCAGAACUGAAAACCUAGGUACAUGGACCCCAUUCCCAUAUAUUGUUCCAAGUUUGGGAGGGCACCAAAAAGAUCUUUUGUAUCUUUACUGUUUUUAGCAUAUUUAAAUUUCCGCAAUUAUAUACAUCCGUAUGUAGUUCGCACUGAAUUUUCUAAAAGGCUUAUAUUUAGAAACAGAUGGAGUAGUAUGUAUUUCCGUACUUGCAAUAUUAAUGUUAACUUCCGGCCUAUCAUGAGAAUUAUAUCCAA